ACACAAACACUUGCUUGUUUCUCUUUCAGAACAUGAAAAUCUCCAACUUGUCAGUGAAGCCUGGUGACUGCAUCAGACUGAAGGGGAAAAUACAUCCAGGGGCCAAGAGUUUUUCCCUCAACUUGGGUCAGGAUGAUUCAAAUCUAGCCCUUCACCUAAAUGCUCGCUUUGAAGCUGUUGGAGACAUCAGGAAGAUUGUGUGCAAUUCCAAGUCGAAUGGCACGUGGGGUGCAGAGCAGCGACCAUCGCAGUUCCCGUUCCAUGAAGGAGCUGAAACUAAGAUCUGUAUCUUCUUCCAACAUGGGGAGAUAAAGGUGAAGAUAAAUGGACAGCAAGAAAUCAGCUUCCCCAACCGUCUUGGGCUUAAUUCUGCACAGUACUUUGCAGUGGAUGGAGACAUCAGCAUUCUGUCUUUCAAGUUUGCUUGAAGCACAAUCAUACAUCCCCCUGUGGAUUUCUUGAACAAGAUAAAAAUGCAAAUAAAUAA